AUGGUUCCCUAUAUCGACGUCUCUCACCUGCCCUCGUCAGCCUCCUUUUACUCGGCCAUCCUCCAACCCCUCUGCAUCCACUAUAUAUCCGCGGACGCGCAGACCGCUUCCCCCGACGUUGACACCAAGGCCGUCGACACCGAGUCCGAAACCACCAUUACCCUUUCUGACCCUAGCAGACCCCUUACUAACGUCACCUACGGUACCUCGUCCCCGCAUACCCCGGUCCUUCAGAUCCGGGAGGCCCGCAAUUCCAUCGAGCCCCUGAAGCUUUCUCACGUUGUAUUCUCUGCUCCGUCCCCCACCGCGGUUACCGACUUCCACUCCUGUGCUGUACGGGCCAAUCCGAAGCUACUGUCCGUCGUGCCCUUCGGCCAGCUUUCACGUUCUCGACCCGCCACAAUCACACAGAGUGGCGAUAUCCACCGGGCUACUGUGACCGACCUGGACGGUAACACCAUGGAGGUUGUAUAUCAACCCCCUCCCAACUACCCUCCCUUUUACGCUGGGUCGACCGUUCGAAAAACACAGUCAACCACUGAGGAGGUCGGUCGCAUUCUCAACUGGAACUACGACGUUGUUGCCUCUGUACCUUCGCCCUCCAUGUCAGGUUCCGCCACCGCCGGACCCUCGACUUCUAUCCUCGCCAUGACUGCCCGUUCUGGUCAAUUUCCCGGUGACGAGCCUUACACACUUCUCCGUCGCAGCGUUACCACAUCGGUCAUCGAGUCGCCAGUCAGAAGAGAGGAUCACGCCCCAGCCCAUGCCUCAGCACCGGCCUCGAACGGUGUUCCGACAAGCACUGUCGUUGGAAGUCUUCUGGGUGCAGCUGUCGGUGCUGCCGCCGGCGCCGCCAUCACGUACGGGAUGAUGCGAAAGGAACGUGCACGGGCCCCGCUCCAGGAGUUUGACGGCUCCACUCCGCCGUUCCAGCGCCGGGCCACCUUCCCCGAUCAGUAUGCGGAACCGCAGGCCGGGCCAGGACGCUAUGUCGAGGUCGAGAGGACCGUCGAGAAGAUCCGGUACCCAGAGGCCUACCCGACGCUCCCUGACGAUCGUGCACCACCUCAAUACAUGGCCAAAUACAGCCAAGUCGGCGCACGCAGCCGUGCGGUCGACGAUAUGUACGAAGACACCCGCAGCCGUCACUCUUCACGCUACCAGCUCGAACGGGGUAGCAGCGUUCGUUCCAGUAGCCAAGCCGCCGUCCCAAGGACCGCUCCUCUCAUGCUCACUGACUAUGAGCACCGGAGCAGUACAGGCUCAAGACAUAGUGAGCGGGAUGUCGCAAUCGACCGUUCGCCCGCCCCCUCCCACUGUCGAGACGAUACUUGGCGGCGGGAGCAGAGCACCGAGCCGUGCGCCAAGCCGUGCGCCAACCCAAGCACCGAGCAUAGCUCCGAGCCGUGCGCCAACGAAGGCGCCCAGCCGACCUCCGACUGUUGUCCGGAGCAAGGCUCCCACAAUAGUGGCUCCCAGUAA